AUGUCAAUUCCUAAACACAAUAUUCCCAAAGCACCAAUCUCACUCACGUUCAUAGUCGUUGGUGCUGGAUUAGGAGGUCUUUCUGCAGCUAUUGGUCUUAGACUUGCUGGUCAUCAAGUUCUUCUUCUUGAAGCCGCACACCACUUGGGAGAAGUUGGUGCUGGUAUUCAAAUUCCUCCUCCUUCAAUCAAAGUAUUGAAUGCUAUGGGUGUAUUGAAGGAGGUUGAAGAUAAUGCUAUUUUCCCCCAUGACUUAAAUAUCCGCCGCUGGGAGACGGGUGAUGUUCUUUCCCAGCAAAACUUGAUUCCUUACACUCUUGACCAAUACCAAGGUCAUUACUUACAUGUACAUCGUGCUGAUUAUCACAAGGCGCUUGUUAAUAGAGCUCAAGAAGUUGGGGUUGAGAUUUAUUUAGGUGCAAGAGUUGAAGAAGUUGAUUUCGAUUCAUCUACCGUCACCACUUCUGAUGGAAGGUUAUUUUCUGGUGAUAUUAUAGUGGGAUAUGAUGGUGUAAAGUCCCGUUUACGUUCAUUAAUCUUGGGCCGUGAAGAUUUAGCCUAUGAUACCGGGGAUUUAGCAUACCGUGCAUUGAUUCAUGUUGAAGAGAUGAAAAAGUAUCCCGAAUUAUCAAAGUUAUGGUCUAGGCCCGAUAUCAACUUUUGGUGGGGUCCUCGCAUGCACGUUGUGGUGUAUUUCUUACAAGGCGGUAAAACCUGUAAUAUCGUGGUUUUAUGCCCAGAUACACUACCUCGUGAUGUGUUGGUCCAGGAAGCCACCAAGGAAGAAUUAUUAGAUUUAUUUGCUGGUUGGGAUCCUACUUUGAUAACAAUGUUCAACUUGAUUCAUUCAAUUGGUAAAUGGAGAUUACAAAAUUCCCGAGAAUUGAAAUCUUGGACACAUGAAACUGGAAACUGUAUUAUAUUAGGGGAUGCUUCACACGCUACAUUGCCAUAUUUAGCCAGUGGUGCUUCCCAGGCUGUCGAAGAUGCCGCUAUUUUAACAGGAUUAUUCAGUCGCAUAGAAGACAAAUCACAAAUCCAUGAUUUGUUAGAACUCACGGAAUCUCUUCGUAAAUGGAGAACUACACAAGUGGUCAAGGGAUCCACCCAAUGCCAACAAAUCUAUCAUAUGCUUGAUGGGGCAGAACAGCUUCAAAGAGAUGCAAAAAUGUUAACUCAGCCUCCUCAAAUUGGAUGUCCAAACAGAUUUGCUGAUCCUGUAUUCCAAGACUUCCUUUGGGGAUAUGAUGCAUUUGAAGAAGCAAAGAGAGGCUGGGAAGAGUAUAAACAAGGUCGUAAAGCCAAGUACACUUACGAAAAUUUGUAUGAGGAUGCAAGGUUAUAAUUUUAUAUCUUAAUUAGCAUUAUAAUGGAAAGGUUAAAUUGAUAGUAAAAUAUAUAAAUGUCGCUUCA